AUUUACUUUUGGAACUUUGUUUGUGCUCUGUAUGAUCUCAAAGUCUGUGAUGAGAAGGAAAAAAGUUUCUGUAUCAUUCUUGUCCAUUCAAGAGCACAAUUAGUUGCACAAAUGGUAUUUUUGGUUUUGUACUACUGCCAAUCUUAACACUCUCCCCUUUAGUUUGUGUUCCUCAUUAAACAUCUUUGUCUUGCAUCUGUGUUUAUUGUUUUCCUUAACAUUUUUGUUGGAUGUACAGGGAACACUAAGAGAUCUCAGUAAGGGAGGAAGGAAUCUUUCUCUGGAUCAAACUGAGUCUGAAACCCCACACGAUGUCAAGCCUUCAAUAAUGGAUGGAGAUUACUCCAGCAACCAAGAUAAGCAUGAAACUUCUGGAAAUCCUUCUAAGGGUGUUACAGAAGGAUCAAAUAAUCCUUUAGUCAACCCAGAUGAAGAAGGGUUGCACAGAUCUGCGGAUCUUACACACACCCUGCCCUUGGGAAUUGUUCAUCCUUCUGAAGAUGAUGAACAGGUAUAACUUGACAACUAACUUCCAAGUAGGAUGCAAUGUCCUUGCCCAGACAUUAAUUUGCUCCCCUCUACAUCUGCAACAUUAGGUGUUGUACUCCCCUUUAAAGUAUUAGUGUACUUGAAAUGUAAAUUACCAUAGCUUCCUUCCAUAUUAUUCAGAAAAGAGAAUUUUACUAAGACUUAAGACUGAUACAUGAUAUCUGAUGUACUUGCUGUUGGGAUCUGCAGGAACCUCUGGUUGAGCUCGCUAAUCCUUCAGAUACAGAUAUUGACAUUCCUUCAAACUUCGAUUAGAAGGUUGCAACCUUCUCUGCUCCAAAUAACAUAGGGAGGUGUGGAUACAAGAUGAACUAUAUCCAUUUAGUUUCUCUCAUGUCCCUGUGCUCUAUACAGAUCAGAAAGUUACUGGUGCUUUGUAACGGAGCAACCAUAGCGGAAUGGGAGUUGUGCCAUAGGUAGUAAACAACCAUAGAAUUGAAUUCUAAGUACAGUAAUCAGCUAGUGACUGCAAAAGACAUGCUUCUGCUUUCAAGCUGACGUUAGAUACUGUGAAUUAUCGUGUUGCUGAUAUUAGUGCUGGAAUCUGUGUACAAAUUGUUAGGAUAAAGACUCGAAUAUUUUUACCCGUUCAUAGCAUUGUGUUUAUACUUGCAAAAGGGUUAGUUCGGUUUAGUUGAUUUUACCAGCUUAUAGCCUUUUUUUUUCUUUUCUUUUCUUUUCUUUUCUUUUCUUUUUCUCUUUUUUUCUUUAAACAGUUGGUUAGGUUAAAUGGAAACAUCAACCCACGGGCUGAUUUCAAAUUGAUAUCAACUGUAUUAGCUAAUAGCUAUAACUAUUAACUGUUUUUGUUAGACAAAUCAAAUAGAACCCAAGACUUUGU